ACCUUCACGACAAAACUUGUUUGAACAAUUACCAUCGUUUUAAGGCGAAGACCGGAAACGACGGCACGUAGAUUUUCAGAGUAAAGGUCAACGCAAUAGAACGUUUGUACGCUAGAAAUGUGACGCGAUCAUCUGCCGGGCUAGUGUGUUCAAAGAUGAGGAAACUCCGGACAGAAGACAUGUUGGAUUGAAAAGUAAAAAUCUCGGCCACCGUACGCGCGUUACUAAGCAACGUAGACGCGCGAGCGCGCGUGACGGUGGAGGCGGUCGGUCCACCUGCAGGAGGUUCGCUCAAACAAUAAAGGACCACGAAGUUUCCACUGGCCACAAGCGACUAAACGGACAAAGACAACGAAGUAGCUGCACCGGUUUUACGCAAUGAGCUACUCGUUUUGUCUUUGUCUUGUGUUUUCAUAUAAAGGAGCUUUAUAUGUACAGGUGACUGUAUACAUUCUAUGUAGUCUUGAUUUGGAUGUUUACGAUGGUCAUUUACAUUUGAAAGGAUUGGAAAUCUAGUUCAAGUCUUCAAGUUGUAGCAAACCGUAGUCGACUUUAAUUAAACUAAAUCCCCCCCCCAAAAAAGUGUGGUGGAUGAAAUUGCUGAGUGUCUAGUUAAAACCACAGUGGCAGGUGAGCAAAAAUGUUAAUGUCGAGCCCUGCACAUGAUCUAGUGCAGCUUAGUGAACUAAGUCCAUUUACUUAGUUCACUAAGCUGCACUCUAUCAGCGCCGAGGAAACGGGCUGAUGUUGAGUCCAACAACUGGAAGAGAAAAAUAGCUUGAUUCAUUAACAAGAAACAUUUGUUUCUGUUAAUGUUUCUAAGUUAAUGUUAUUACCAGAUGAACGUGUAAUGUGGCUCAAAGGCCGUGAAAACCAGCACAAUGCACGUUGUGGGGAAAAGUCUAUUUGUGUUCUAUUGCAAGAAGUCCAGAGGGGAGAAAGGGGAUGUGAAGUCUGUGACGUGUAUGUGCCUCAGGGUAAAGAACGUGGCGGUCCUUCUACAAUGAGAUCAUUGUGCGUGCGCAGAACCUCCCAAAACACUCCAUAAAAGAAUGAAAGGUCUUUAUGGAUUCAUGAUGGAAGUAAUAAAUACAUGACAUUACAAGAUGUAUACUAACAUCUAACUAUGCUAGCAAAUGAGCCCUAAACAUCACGUGGAUUGAUCACAAUCAUAAACGUCGAAAAGACGUUCACGUUUGGACCCGUUUUUUAACGUUAUUCAUAAUAUCGUAAACUGGUGGUGGUAAACUUACACGUGUGGACGUAGUUUCUUUUUAAACCUCUACAAUAAAAGAUAUAUGGCACAAAGAAGAGGAUGAAAGAUUAGCACAGAGCUCCCGAGCGUCGCCGUAUGAAAAAUCACGCUGAAAUGUGGUCUAAAUGUGAACGUUUUUUCACUUUUAAACCAAUUUUCAACGUCUCUUCAAUCAAAAUCAAUACUCGCUGGGUAACGUUAUAACAUGGAGCAGUUUGUUCUAGCGUCUUAUGUGUAUUUAAAAACACAAACAUCGGUUACCAACGUCACGUGACUUAAGCGAUGUCCUAAACUAACGUGUGAUGUUAAAUAUUAUAACAUUCCUAUCGGUAGAUAUUCGAGUGUAUUCUAUUACGUUGCAUUUCAAAGUGAACUCUUCCGCGCUGUCGACCCGCCUGAAUUAGUGAUGUGCCGCGCUGCAUGCUGGGAUAUGCUGGAGCAGCCGACGGAUUGGGACAGGCGAGUUGUAGCCGAUUCGCAGCGGAAGUGACGUAUGCGGGCUGUGAGACACAGCGCGGGGGACAGCGUGCGGGACAGGCUCCUUGUUCGGUUCUCCGGGAGGAGAGACUCGCGAUUCACAGACCAAAUGGCUUCCAGAUCCGAGGAGGAGCUCCUCUGUCCGGUCUGUCAUGAAGUCUUCAAGAACCCUGUUGUUCUGUCAUGUAGCCACAGCUUCUGUAAAGUCUGUCUGAAGAGCUGGUGGAGAGAGAAACAAGCUCAGGAGUGUCCAGUUUGUAGGACAACAUCUUCAGGGUCACAUCCACCUUGUAACCUGGUGUUAAAGAACCUGUGUGAGGCCUUCUUACUGGAGAGAGCUUCAGAGACUCUCUGCAGUCUGCACUCUGAGAAGCUCAGACUCUUCUGUCUGGACCAUCUGCAGCCAGUGUGUCUCGUCUGCAGAGAUUCACAGAAACACACCAACCACAGAUUCAGACCCAUCGAUGAAGCUGCUGUAGAACACAAGAAGAACCUUCAGGAACCUCUGGAGGCCUUAAAGGAGAAGUUAAAGCUCCUUGAACAAGUUAAAGUGACGUGUGAUCAAACAGCAGCAUACAUGAAGGUCCAGGCCCGAGACACAGAGAGGCUGAUUCAGGAUCAGUUUAAGAAGCUUCACCGGUUUCUAAAGGAGGAAGAGGAGGCCAGGAUCUCUGCUCUGAGGGAGGAAGAGGAGCAGAAGAGUCAGAUGAUGGAGGAGAAGAUGGAGCCUCUGAGCAGAGAGAUAGCAGCUCUUUCAGACACAGUCAGAGCCACAGAGGAGCAGCUGAGAGCUGAAGACGUCUCCUUCCUGAACCACUACAAGGCUGCAGUGGAAAGAGUCCAGCAGCGCCCCCUGCUGGAGGACCACCAGCUGCCAUCAGGAGUUCUGAUAGACCAGGCCAAACACCUGGGCAACCUGACCUACAACAUCUGGAGCAAGAUGAAGAAGAUGGUCUCCUACACUCCUGUGGUUCUGGACCCAAACACUGCUCAUCCAGGACUCAUCCUGUCUGAAGAUCUGACCAGCGUGAGAGGAGGAGAGAUACAGAAGCUUCCUGAUAAUCCAGAGAGGUUUGAGGAACGCUGGUAUGUUCUGGGCUCUGGGGGAUUUAACUCAGGGACUCACAGCUGGGAUGUUGAAGUAGGAGACGGUAGAGGCUGGUAUCUGGGUGUGUCAGCAGAGUCUGUCCAGAGGAAAGGAACCGUACUGUCUGGGAUAUUGGGAAUAGGGUUCUGUAAAGAUAAAUACCGUGCAUGGUCACCACCAGCUCUAGCCACUGUUCUCUCUGUGAAGAAGAAGCCUCAGAGGAUCAGAGUGCAUCUGGACUGGAACAGAGGGAAGCUGCGUUUCUUUGAUCCUGAUGCUAACACACACAUACACACCUUCACACACACCUUCACUGAGAGGAUGUUUCCAUUCAUUGGCACAGGACAUAAAGUGAAGAUCUCACCUCUGAAGAUCAGUGUGAUAAAGUGAAGCUUUCUGAACCAGUGAAGCUUUCCAGCCAAUCGUAUUGGAAAAAGGUUCAUUCAUUCAAUGCAUCGCAAACUCUAUGAUGACGUCUGCUGUUGAAAACUUGUAGUGCAAAUUUAUCGAAUAGCCCACCAGUAUAUUUUGG